AUGUAAGAAAUGAGGGAAUAUCCCAACUUUGGGGGAACAGAACAGAGCAGGAGGGAAGGUCCCAGCCAUAGGCCAUGCGUUACCAUCCAGCUCACGUUGGCAGCUCUGUUCACGGUGCUGCUCAUCACUGCUGUUGCCUUUGCAGUGCAGGCAUUCCAGCCCCAUCCCCAGCCCUGUGCUCAGUGUCCCUUCGACUGGAUUGGAUUCAGAGGAAAGUGCUACCGCUUCUCAGAGGAUGAAAGCAAUUGGACUUCCAGCCACAACAACUGCUCUGCUCUCGGUGCUUCCUUGGCUGUGUUGGACAGCGCUGAGGACUUGAGCUUCGCAAUGAGACACAUAGGCAGCUCCCCACACUGGGUUGGCCUCACACGGGAAGGCCAAGAGCAUCCAUGGCAAUGGCUGAACCGCUCUCCUUCAUCUCACCCGUUCCAGGUGCAAGGCGAUGGUCCCUGUGCAUACCUGGGGGAGGCCGGGCUCAGCUCCUCCCACUGCAGCCAGCGCAGGAAUUGGGUUUGAACCAAACCCGCCUUGCAAAACCCGAGCAAGAACUUCUGCAUCAGCACCUGAGCUGCUCCCGGACCCCAAAACGCCGUGCAAGAAGGAAGAAACCAAGGCACAGAGCUCCGCUUUCAGCUGCUCUCGGAAGCAACGGGAGGGCAAUGCGCUCCUCCAGCCCAAGUCCCACAGUGCCGCCUAUGGGGCUGCGCGGAACAAAGCAA